GCCAUACCGAACAAAAACCCUAGAUUAUCUUAAGCGUUUAGAGGCUGAUAGCUGAUAUUAUUCAGGAUUUUAUAUUGUUCAAGUGAAAUUUAAUAAUCUUCUCAUUCUCACGUAAAAAUGUAACUAUAUGUCUGUGAAAUAAACUAUGAGGAACAAAAAGCUAUCUAUCAAAAUAGGUCUAUCCCCCAAAACGGUUGGUAGCGCUGUCGGGUGCUGCAUGACGUGUUAACAAAAAAAAUAAAAUCCCUAACUCCUCCGCGAAAGCCCAAGCAGAAGAAGCCGUGUUUAUGUUGAAGAGGCUCGUCGAAGAUCAUAAAUAAUCCGAGCCAUCCAUAAUUUUCCAACACUCUGGUCUACACAUAAGAAAUCCUUAACAUCUUAGGCAAAUGGCUGAAGCAGAUAAAUUAAAUAUCGAUAGUAUCAUAGCGAGAUUAUUAGAAGUGCGCGGUGCAAGACCUGGAAAAAAUGUACAACUAACCGAGAACGAAAUUAGAGGGCUUUGUCUAAAAUCCAGAGAAAUCUUCCUUAGCCAGCCAAUUCUGUUAGAAUUGGAAGCUCCUCUCAAAAUAUGUGGUAAGUGGCUUUUUUUCUUGAUAAUGUUUAUUAUCAAGCAAUUAUGCAAAAAAGCUUAUGCAUAGCACUUUGCUUAGGAUAUACAGUUCACUACAGAUGAGUCAUUUUAAUAAACAAAGUUGGUUUGAUAAUAAUGCAAUCUUGCUUGCAAAUGUAGUUUAAAUGGCUACUUAUUUGAUCAAGUAGAAUUGAAUUUUUCAAUGCAUAGUGUAACUUAUAUCAAGUUAUUUGACCAAGGCUAAAGAUUGCAUUAUUUGAAAUAUGAGAAUAGAGGUCAUUCAACUGAUUAGAUCUAUAAUCUCUUUGGUUUAGACUUAGCAAACCAAAUUUGGAGCUUUUAAAUCAUGUUGGUCAUUGAAGAUGUUGAGAAAUGUGGGGUUAUCUGCCAAUUUGGAAUAAUUGAAUGUUUGCUUUUCUAUGGUAUUGAAAAUUUAGAAAAUAUGUAUAGGAGAUUCAGUAGCUUGAAUAUCACUCUCUGGUUUCUGUUUUAGUUUAAACAUCCAUUUAUAAUUGAUAUUGAUGAAUUUAUAGAAAAAAUCCUCAGCUGUCACUUUUUAUAUAUCCUGAAAUUUCACAGUCGGGUAUCCAUCCAAUAUUAUUUUUUGGGUCAUUGAACAUUUCUGAAUCGUAGUUGAUAAUGUAGGAAACCCUACAAUUGUCAUUUUUUCUCCUAUUUCUAUCUGUCAUUCUCUGCCAGAGCAGUCCACAGGAGCUUGUGGUUAAUCUUGUAGAGCAGCUGAUCCUACAGGUGUAAAUACCAGGCAUAGUUAAGGGAAAAUGCCUUCUCUUUGCUCUCCUCCUUCUCCCUGACUUUAUCUAGUCUCAGAGCAACAAGACCUAAUACCUACCUUGUUUAUACUAAUACAGCCAUUUGUUGGUACUGCAUCUGCUACAAAGACCUUUAAUAUGCUUUAUUAAUAUGAUUUUUGAAAUCCUAAGGUAAGUAAAACUAGGAAACCCCUCAGACAGAUUGCUCCACAAUCUCAACACCCUGGGAAAAAAAAUUGACAUGCUUGCCAGUUAUGGAUGUCCAGAGUUUUAUAGAGGGAGGCAGAGUCCUGAUUGGUCCAUGCAGGGCAGCCUCAUCAAGAGCUGUGAUGAGCAAACAUCAUUGAUAUAGCUGUAUGCUGACUGUCCAUUGAUCUAAAAGGGCCACUGGACUGUCGAUUAGAAAAAUGUCUUUUAUCAUUCUGACAGUCCUCCUCAGAAGAGCAUCACCUUUGAACAGUGUAAUUGGACAGUACUUCAAACAUGUGAACAUUAUUGAAGGCUGGGUCCUAUCUGAGCCUUAUGCAGAGUGAGAAAAGUAUUAGUUAUCCUGUAACAAAUAACUCAUCUGUUUCUCAGUAGCUGUCAUAAUUGUUUAGAUGUGUUUAUUUGACAAGGGCUCUUAACAAGGUAUUAAUAAAGAGUAGAGAUCGUAUGGUGCCAUAAUAGACACAUAGAAAAAGAAACCAGAAUAAAGAAAGGCUCAAAGUGUUAAUUACAUGAUUUUUUUAGGUGACAUUCAUGGCCAAUACUAUGACCUUCUCCGUCUGUUUGAAUAUGGUGGCUUCCCACCAGAAUCAAAUUACCUAUUCUUGGGUGAUUAUGUUGACCGUGGCAAGCAAUCUCUUGAAACAAUCUGUCUCUUGCUUGCCUACAAAAUCAAGUAUCCAGAAAACUUCUUCCUUCUGCGUGGCAACCAUGAGUGUGCCUCAAUUAAUCGUAUCUAUGGAUUCUAUGAUGAAUGCAAAAGAAGGUACAACAUAAAACUUUGGAAGACAUUCACAGACUGUUUCAACUGUUUACCAGUUGCUGCUAUUGUUGAUGAGAAAAUUUUCUGUUGCCAUGGUGGUUUGAGUCCCGACCUGCAGUCGAUGGAACAGAUUCGGCGGAUCAUGCGGCCCACUGACGUGCCUGAUCAGGGCCUACUCUGUGACCUCUUGUGGUCAGAUCCUGACAAAGAUCAAAUGGGAUGGGGCGAAAACGAUCGCGGUGUCUCAUUUACGUUCGGCGCUGAAGUCGUGGGCAAAUUUCUGCACAAGCACGAUUUUGAUCUCAUAUGCAGGGCGCAUCAAGUGGUUGAAGAUGGAUACGAGUUCUUUGCUAAGAGGCAGUUGGUCACGCUGUUUUCGGCGCCCAAUUAUUGUGGUGAGUUCGAUAAUGCUGGCGCGAUGAUGUCUGUUGAUGAGACAUUGAUGUGCAGUUUCCAAAUUCUGAAACCGGCCGAUAAGCGGAAGUUUCAGUAUAACAUGAAUGCAGGAAGACCAGUAACGCCUCCGAGAGGCGCAACAAAUAAAAACAAAAAGAAGUGAAGAGGUUCAUCGACAAGACUAGACUUAGUUAUCAAUACGUCAUUUUCUCUCAUUUUAAAUACUAAGAUUUAAAAUCGUUGAGGGAGCUAACGUUGUACCUUAAUGUUUUACUUUCAUCAUGAACGUGAUUUUUUUUAUCAUCUCAUUUCUCAUAGGAGUAGAAUAGGGUAUUAAAGUACAUAACUGUCAAACUUAUUUAAAAACAUGUACAUUUUGAAGGUUAGUAUUUAAAAUGUUUCCGUUAGCCAUUUUUUCUCAACUUGAAAUUGGUGUGGUUGUACAUGAGUAUUGUAUGAACACUUCAGCAUGCUACAGUAUCAAUCGAAUGAUUUAAAUAGCAGCUGAUUUUAUGGUGAAUUAUAUUUAUUUCAAAUUUCAUCUUCUUUCGAGAAAAGGCAGUUUUUUAUGUUAAAGUUUUUUGACAUUUGUAGAAAUAUAUUUUUAUAUAUGAUUUUAAUCUUUAUUUUCAAGUGUAGGGUACCCGUAAUUUUCCUUAUGGAUUUCCAAAUUCUGUAUUACAACCAUUUUGUAAAUAUUCAGCCAUCUGUCUGUUGACCUGCGUAACUAUUUAAAAAUAAAAAUUUAAUAUGUAA